CGGCCCGCGCCCGCCGAGCCGCUGCCGCUGGGCGCCCCGCCGGGGUGGGCCCGGGCGCGGGGCCGCGGCCGCCGAGGAUGGGGAAAUCUAACAGCAAGUUGAAGCCCGAAGUUGUGGAGGAGCUGACCAGGAAAACGUACUUUACCGAGAAGGAAGUCCAGCAGUGGUACAAAGGCUUCAUCAAGGACUGUCCCAGCGGGCAGCUGGAUGCGGCGGGCUUCCAGAAGAUCUACAAGCAGUUCUUCCCCUUUGGAGACCCCACCAAAUUCGCCACGUUUGUUUUCAAUGUCUUUGACGAAAACAAGGAUGGGAGGAUCGAGUUCUCUGAGUUCAUCCAGGCGCUGUCGGUGACCUCGAGGGGAACCCUGGACGAGAAGCUGCGGUGGGCCUUCAAGCUCUAUGACUUGGAUAACGACGGCUACAUCACCAGGAACGAGAUGCUAGACAUUGUGGACGCCAUUUACCAGAUGGUGGGGAACACGGUGGAGCUCCCAGAGGAGGAGAACACCCCCGAGAAGAGGGUGGACCGGAUCUUUGCCAUGAUGGACAAGAACGCGGACGGGAAGCUGACGCUGCAGGAGUUCCAGGAGGGCUCCAAGGCCGACCCCUCCAUUGUGCAGGCGCUGUCCCUCUACGACGGGCUGGUAUAGUCCAGGCCCGAGCUGGAUGCCUGGGAACCACUCACCUCCUCCCAUGCCAUGAGGCUGCCUCGGCCCGACACCCUCCUGUGUGCACCCAGCCUUUCUCCGCAUCCACGCGCAGCCGGGCUGCCCGGGGCGGCGAGGCCCGGCCCUCCUUCCCCCGCCCUGCACCCACCGCCGCCUGAGCCACCGGCCCGAUCGCCCACAGCCUCCGCUUGUCCAGGAGACAACAGGACGGAAAGGCUCCAGCCCCUGCGGAACCAGGACCCAGCUGCUUCGCGGCAGCUCCCGGUCCCCUGCUCUCCCGCGUCUGCUUUUGUUUUUCAUUUCAGACAGACAUUGAAAAAGAAAAAAAAAACACUACCUUCUGUUCUAGAAGAUUCGGACUGACAGAUGGGGACCUUGGAGAACCCUGCCUUGUCCUCUGGCCGCCAGGGAGGCCACGGAAGUCACGGCCUGGCCGUGGGGGGCUCGCGUGUCGGGGGGCGGCCUGAGGAAUGUCACUGUCGUCCGUCCUCGAGCAGCCCACCGCCGCGUGGCCGGGGGACUCACUCCGAUGAUGCCGUUUUGUGAUAGCAGUAUUGUGCUUUUUGUGGGGAAAGUGAGUUUUUUUUAUAUGCAUAUAUAACUGACACCCUUUAUUUAUUGGUUGUUAACUGUUGCUGCUGCCUCUGUGUCCGCAGCCCCCAGGGAUGCGGGGCCACCGUUUACAUGUGCAACCCUCGCCCACCUGCCCGCGGCUCGGGACGAUGGUGGCCGGCAGCGGCCGAGAAGCCAAAAACUUUCUUUUUUUUUUUCCAGAUACUGUGUUUGGUGUUUGGAGAGGGGAAGGUGGGCUUCUUAACUGGCUAAGGCACUGUUCCCUCCUGCCCGAAUGCCUCCUCCCGAGUCCCUUCUCGCUGCUCCCGGUCCCCACUCCGCCGGCCUGUGUCCUCCUCUGGGCCCGCUCGUCUUUCCUGAGGACGAACAGGGAACAGCUUUCGGUUUCGCAGCUCUUGCUGUGGUGUUUGUAGCAGCUUGGAGAAUAGAGGGGCUUGUCCUAAGACUGGGACAGGGUGGGGUACUGAAGGAAAGGUGGGGGGCCUAUGCAAGCCGGUGAGCAGAAGUAAAGGCUCCUUCUCUGCCCUGGUGGGUGUGAAAACUAGUCUGUUCCAGUCUGCUUUCCUGCCCCCCACCUGCCUGGCCCAAAGCUGGGGGGGGGGGAAGGGUGCAGGGCUGUGGCCCACCUGUGCUCAUAGGAAGAUAUUUUAGCUCUGCCUUCCCCUAGAAAGGGCAGCCCCCAAACUGCCACCAGGAAAGUCAGAUGACCUUGAACCAGAGGCCAGGAGCCCCGAGGUAGCUCCGGCUCUGAGACUGUGGGCCACCCCCUGCUCUCUGGGCCCCAGCCAGCCCCACGGCAGAGCCAGGAGGCCUGGCUGCUUGGUGGGAGCCCCCCGUGCUGGCGCAGGAGAGUUCCAAGUCUGAGCUUCCUGCACCUGGUGAUGCUGUGGUCUGUGGCCACGCGUGCCAGACCCCAGCAGACAUGGGGACCGUCUGAGUCCCUGUUCUGUCUCUCGGCACAAAUCUUCAGGGACAUGGCAGCCACUGGUCAUGGUGUGUGGGGUCAGGUGACACACCUGUCCCUCCUUGCAAUGCUUCCUGGUCCCUCCUGGCCUCGAGCUGUCUUUUUGGCCCAGAACUGGCCCUCAGCCAGAGGAGGCCGCGAGGGUGAGAAACAGCCCCCAGACUGUUCGGGGCUGAGUCGGGUCCUGACGCUUCUUUGCAAAGCCAGCAGCCUGCCUUCUCCCUGCUCGCCCAGCCCGAGGGCAGCAGAGCUGGGCCUCGGUCCCCACUUUGAAUUGUCCUUGGUCUCCACUUUGCACUUUCCCAGGAGGCUGAGCUUCUCCUGCUGAUACCCCUCAGACGACAGACCCUCCCCGGAGGAUGCCCUUCACAAGAGGGGCUCUGCCGCUGGGCUGUGCAUCUGCCGACCCCAGAACCCACCCUUCUUGCAUAUGCAGGCCCGUUGGCUACACGCUGCCUCCGCUGUGACCCCCAGUCCGCGGGGGCAGGAGCAGCAGUUCCAUUUCCACAGGUGACUUUGAAGGCUGGGCUCUUCAAGGCCCCUGUGGUCACCUUUUUGCUCAGGCCACUGGCCCAGGAGGCCGAAGACUCACCUCCAAAUCCUGCAGUUCCUUCACCUGCCUCUGACCUGGGACCCUAGGGCAGGACAUGCACUUGGCCGCUUGGGGUUGGAGGGAGGAGAGCGGGGCCUUCCCCAGGUCAGACCGCCUUCUGGCCUCUGCCAGGGCCUCAGCUGCUCCUCUGGUCCAGCAGGAAGGAUGCUGCUGCACAGCCUGUCCCAGAGGCGUCACGGGAAAGGGGCUGUGGCUGAGCGCUUUCCAGGGCUAGCAUGUGGACCCCUCGGGCUGAGGUGUCGAUCCCCAGACAUCUGCAGGGCACCUGUGCGGGGCCUUUCUCCCACCUUCUCAGGAGGUGGUUUGGCCUUUUGGUUUGGUGCCAUGGAUAUGCCCUUUGGCCUUAGCAGGUGGUACCGUGGACCCUUGCCUCAGGCACACCUUGGGUACAUGCCCUGAGACGGCUCAGAGCUGCCAGAAGGGCUACCCUUCCUCCUGGCAGCAUGCUAGACACUGGCCAUGUGUGCCCGAGGUUGCCAGGCAGGGGCAGGUCUGUCUCCUCUCACUAGGCCUCCAGCUGUGGCACCCCUGAACCCAGAGCAGCCCGUGGGCCUCUCUCCCCAGUCCCCUUUCCCACUCGAGGCCCAGCCCCGUGAGAUGCUGCUCUCGGGACUCCGGACCAGCCGGAGCCAGGCUCUUGGCCCCUCCGCCGACCCUCGCUCGCAGGGUCCAGCCUCAGCUGCCUGCAGCGGCCCAGGCCUCUCCCUCGCAGCGUCUGCUCCCCACUUCGUGUUGAUGGUACUUAGGAGAAUGUCUUGAGUUUCCAGUAUUUAACCAGGCAGCGUGUAGAGGAAGGUCAAGGCAAACACGAGUCCCUCUCUUACCCUGAAAUGCUUUUGUUUGACCGCCAACUCCAUAGACGGCAGACACACCUGAGUUUUCUGGGACAUUGUCUCCUUUCUGUGUGAGGGAGAGACUGGGGUGCCCAAAUUUCCUGGGGAGAGGCAGUCUCUCCCUGGAGAAGGCCUCAUGCCGGCCAAGUGCAGAGCUACCCUGUUCCCGCCCCAGCUUCAACCUCGGGAUCCAAGGGAAUGUCGGAGCGCCCCCUGGUGGUGGUGAGCUGCAAUGGCAUUGGGGGGUCCUGACUUGCCAAACCCGUGAUUCCAGAGGGUGGGAGGCUGCAGGUGGUGGGGAGGUGAGUGAGGGGCGGUGAUCUUACCUAAGCCCUGGGCCUCCAGCCCCACAUUAUUGACAGUGUGUUUUCCAGAUGCUCCUAGGUGUCCCCCAGGGAUAACAAGUUAAUUAGCAUAAGGGCACUGUGAUGAGAAGCCUCGCCCC